UUCGCGAAUGGGGUUGAUUUCACUUCGUAAACAAAUUGGAUGCGCCUCACAGGGAUUGCACAUGAAAAGGAUUCCGUUUGGAGAAAGGGUCAGGUUUUUCAGAUCUGAACUCCUCAAAUAAGAAGGAUGGGGAAAAAGAAGCUGAAAGCAUUUGUAAUCGAAAGUGGCAAAACACUUAACUCGGGACUGCAAUUUGUGGAACGUCUGUCUGACUGUGCAAAAGUAGUUCAGAAAGUGAAUGAAUGCGAUGUCGUGCUUGCAAUCUGCCCCAUCGUUUCUCGAGUGGGCACGGACAUCGAAGCUGCCAUGACCGUCUUUGAAGAUAAAUGUGCUGCCACUACAAAGCCCAUCUUCCUGGUGGUGCUGCAUCAUACAUUUGACAAAGAUUAUGUGGCACCAGAUUGCAGCAGAUAUGUAGGAGACCGCGUGGCGUUGAUUGUAAGUGUCCUGUUCCAUGAAGAUCACGGACUCCUCAACUGUGAUGUGAACACACAGGCAAUAAAUCAGACACUGGACAAACUGAUGAAGUUACAGAGCGCCAAAAAGAAGGACAAGAAUGAAGCCGAUGACAGUGAAGAUGAACAGAAGAAUGAUGGGGCAGGACUGACACCACAUCAAUCACGGCCAGACUCUCAGGGCACACAGACUCGGGAAUCAAGGCCGUCAGAGAAGGAGAAGAAGAAGAAUAAGAAGAAAAAACAGAAGCUGAAAGCAUUUGUAAUUGAAAGUGGGAAAACGCUAAACGCAGGACAGCAGUUUGUGGAAGGUCUGUCCGAACAUGUGGAGGAAGUUAAGACAGUGGAUGAAAGCAAUGUCGUGCUUGCAAUCUGCCCCAUUGUGUCUCGAGUAGGCACAGAUGUCGCAGCUGCAAUGAAAGUUUUUGAAGAUAAAUGUUCCACUACAAAGCACUUCAUCCUGCUGGUGCUCCACCAUACAUUUGACAGAGAUUAUGUGAUGCCAGAUUGCAGCAGAUAUGUAGGAGGAGACCGCGUGGCAUUGAUAGUAAAUGGCCUGUUCCAUGAAGAUGAAGGACUCCUCAAGAACUGUGAUGCGAACACACAGGCCAUAAAUCAGACAUUGGAGAAACUGAAGGAGAUUCAGAAGGAAGACCAUAGACAAGAUGGGCCCCCCAAAAAGAUUUUAAAAAAAGAACAUACUUCAUCACCUGAUGGGAACACAGCGGAUACUGAGAAACCGAAAAUGCUGAAGGAUGACAGUAGACAAGAUGAGCUCCCCGAAAAGAUCGAAGAAGGUUGGAAAAAGGAACGCACUUCAUCAGCUGAAUGGAACAGACCAGAUUUUCAGACACAGGAACUAAAUAAGAGCAGCGACGAGCAUAGCCAAAAUGAGCCCCGAACAUCUAAGGACCAACAUGUGGAGGAACGCAGACCAUUAAUGAACAACAAAGUGAGUCCUCAGGUGGUUGCACCAGAGCAAAGAAGGACAUCGGCGAGUCAGGUGCGAACAAGCCGCCAUCAACAGGUGAAAUAUUUAUUUCAUCAUGUUUGUUUCUUGUGAAGAGUAUUUCAUUUUUUAGAUGCGUCCUAGCAUCUCUA